GAGCGACAGUCAGCAGUUAGACGCAUGUUUUGGGGUCCGCCUAUCUUCGUCUUGGGAAUAGUGGAACCUGUUUGGCUCUGUGACUUGCAGCUGGAUUGCACUGAAUUAUACAUAGCAACACGCAUAGCUGCAGUCGAGUCGAGGGAGUGAAGCGAGUUCUGAGGUACCAGAACCUAUUUUGUAAUAUUUUCCUGAAUUCAUUUCGUAGCAGUCGCAGAAGCGACUAAGUCGUCUAUGAGUGCUUGCUGUGGCCACGGUGAUUCCCCCGAGAGGUAACCAAGGCUUGAGUCGUGAGGUGGCCAAGAUGGCGUCUGCUCGGCAAGACACAGAGCAGCUGAAGAUACACAACAUGACAGCUCACGACUGGGAGGAGGAGAAACGCAAACACAAAAACUCCCAACUCUACGAUGAUGGAACCAUGUCUUUCUUCUGGCGCGCUCACACCAUCACCGUGCUGUUCAUCUUCAUCAUCAUCCUGUUCUAUGUGGCUCUGUUUGAAGACGUCGUCCCGGACCGAGACUACAAUGCCAAACGAGGACUGAUGGCAGUGGUGCUAGCCUUUCUACUGUUCGGAGUGACCCAGACUCCUGAUGGACCUUUCGUCAGACCACAUCCAGCAUUUUGGAGACUUAUCCUGUGCCUGAGCAUAACAUAUGAACUUGCCUUAGUAUUUUUGUUAUUCCAGAGAGUAGAGGAUGCAAGACAGUUGUUGAAACAUUUUGAUGAAGAAUUAGGGAAGCCAUUACCAGAAAAAGCAUAUGGUGGAAACUGCUUUUUGUAUGAUGCAAACCACACAGAUCCAUUGCACAAUAUAUGGGACAAGGUAGAUGGCUUUGUCCCCACCCACUUCUUCGGCUGGUGGCUGAAGACCCUGAUCCUGCGGGACUGGUGGCUGUGUACGGUGCUCAGCAUAAUGUUCGAGCUGUUGGAGUACACCCUGGAGCACCAGCUGCCCAACUUCAGUGAAUGUUGGUGGGAUCACUGGGUGAUGGAUGCCCUUGUGUGUAAUGGGUUUGGUAUUUAUCUGGGCAUGAAGACCCUGCGCUAUCUCACCAUGAAACCGUACCAUUGGAGGGGCAUGUGGGACAUCCCAACCUACAGCGGCAAGUUGCGGCGUGUUGCUGCCCAGUUCACACCUUACAGCUGGACGGACUUUGACUGGAAGCCCACGGCCAGUCUCAAGCGCUGGUGUGCCAUGUGUGGAGUCAUUGCUAUAUUCCUGCUGGCGGAGUUGAACACGUUUUACCUGAAGUUUGUCCUGUGGAUACCCCCAGAACACUACCUGUGCCUUGGUCGUUUGGUAUUCUUCCUUUUCAUGGGAGCUGCAGCGAUGCGGGAAACAUUUCAGUAUUUAGAUGACCCGAAAUGCAAGAAGUUCGGCCGCCAGUCGUGGAUCAUCGCGGCAAUCAUCAUCACGGAGUGCCUCAUCACGUUUAAGUUCGACUGGCAACUUGUUGUGAAGCCAGUUCCCCAGCUCAUCGCCUCGUUCUGGCUCGCUGGCUUUGUGUGUCUCGUCAGCUGGACUGCAUGGAAGUUUUAUGUGAAGAGGGAUGUGAAGAAUGACGUCCCCAAGAUUGAGCAUAAUGACGACGGAAAGGCUGGCGACAAGUCCUCGUCUAAAGAGACCCCUAUGCAACCGAGAACGCGCCCCAUUAAUGGCUCUGUGCAUUAGGCAGGUCUCAGUUUAUGUCUAUGAGUGUUUUUGUGACCGAAAUGUUCCAUUGAAGGGUUUUAUAUAUUCUCAUAAUAGGAAAAGAGACUGCUAAGUGUUUUUCUUGAUUGGCUGUGUACAAUUUGAAGGUUCUAUUUUUAUGGUGAGUGUUCUAUAUGGUCUUUAUUGUAAAUAUGAUCUGCCAUACAUUUACCUAUUGUGUGUGUGCUAUGGAUGGAGAUGAAGAUUCGUAACUUGCAGUUCGGCCAAAUUAUUUUGUCUUUUCUGUUCUGGCGAUGAGUCCCUGAAAUUUGUAGAAGCAAACAAAUCCUAUUUUUCUUUUUUGAAGUGGUGUAUUUGAUUGAAAAUGUGGUUAUUUUGCACUGUUUUUUUGGUUUUGUCCUUAUCGUCAUAUCACAAAAUGCCAGAAAGCCAUCAUCUUUGCUCUGUCACUGUCACGACAGUUAUAUUUUUGUGAUUUUAUUUGAUGAUUACUAUCAUAAGAAAUAAAUAUUUUUAUUCUGCCCACCUAAAGAAAUAAACAACAUCAACAACAGAAUAUUGAAUCACCGCCAAAACUGCUGACAAGUAGGGAAUGUGAUUCUUAUUAUUUCAAUCAAAAACAUUACUUUUAUGAUUUUGCAAAAUUCAUGGUAGCUCAUCCCCAGAACAUGGAGCACAGUUCGAAAGACCUGAUCGAAAAAAAAGAGUUGAUCGAAGUUAGCGCAAGCCUUGUAAGUCUGUCAGCCUCGUGAUAAGGGCAUCUGGAGAUAAUAACACCUUGUAUUUUGAGGUAUUUUCUUAUAAUAUGUGUGGUCAUAAUCCAGGCCUUUCAUCUACAAGUACAAGUACAUGUCAAAACCUGUAUCCUUUUGUCACACAUUUAACACUCGGGGCCCAUUCCACAAGGCGAUCGUAGCGCUACGACUGUCGGAAGUCUGUGUUAAAGUAUGGGAGUUACGAUCAUCUUAGCGUUACGAUCACUUUGUGGAAUGAGCCCUGGUAUGUUGAGGGUGAUGAUGCUAUCUCAUGCUGUAAUUAUUCAUGAAGUGUUGGCAUGGAAACAGUGUGAGUUAUUUAUAUGUACUAUGCUACUCAACAUUUGGUAAGGAUCGGAUCACAACUUGACUGAAGAUGACUGUUUUGGUCCUCAGCAAAUGUUGACUAUGAAUGUCAAGAUGAUUACAAACAUGUGGGAUUCUGUAUGGAAUAGACUUGAACAUUUCCGAAUGGUUCAGCAAAUCAAGUUCAAUCAAAUAAACAAUGAACCACC